AAUAACCGAGCACACCAUUGGCUGGUAGGCAGGGGACACGCGGGGAGAGGGAGAGACUCGAGGCUUUCGGCAAUGAAAAUUUAAUUAAUGUGGGUGGGCUGAAGGAACACAACGAGUGUUUAUCAUAGACAAUUUAUUUUCCAGCGCUAAGUCAACAUAAAACAGCAAAACGGACAACAAUUAUUUAACAUUUUAGACUCAUGAAGCGGACACACCGGUGGCGAUCUCCCCAGACUGAGACUGUCCUCCGAGGUCAUGAGUUUAUACCACAGCCAUGUGCCACAGUCCGGCGUGGCUGCGUCGGCUCUCACUCUCUCGAAUUCCUCCUUAAUCUAUGUUUACGGUGGCGAAGUUGGAGGCAUCAUUCCCGCUUUGGGAUUCGCGUCCAGCCGGCAGGAACCUCCGCAGAAACCUCCCUACAGCUACAUCGCGCUCAUCGCAAUGGCAAUUAAAAACUCACCGGACAAGCGCGCAACGUUAAGCGGCAUCUAUCAGUUCAUCAUGGACCGCUUCCCCUAUUACCAUGACAACAAGCAAGGCUGGCAGAACUCGAUCCGCCACAACCUUUCGCUGAACGAGUGCUUCAUCAAAGUGCCCAGAGAAAAAGGGCGACCGGGGAAGGGCAGCUACUGGACGCUGGACACCAAAUGCCUGGACAUGUUCGAGAACGGAAACUACCGGAGACGCAAGAGAAAGUGCAGGACUCAGGAGACGGGAGAGACUAAAAUGGGACAUAAAAGAACCAGAGCGACGACCCUGAAGUCUAAACUUCAUCAAAGUGCUCUUUUGGAGAAAGAGGACUCGGAUAUAAGCAAACGGCAACACGAAAAGCAUCCCGAAAGAGAUCUAAACAUCCAACCACAAAAUAACGAGCACGCCUCAAGCCCCACGAAAGACUGGUGUUUGGCACCCUCGACCACAGCGGGCGCUAACCCAAGAUGCCCGACGCCUGAACAGACCAGCACAGUGUCUCUAAACAACCUCAAUGGCACAAACACUGCGCCCUUAAACGCGCAAGAGACGCCGGUAGCCGUGAUGAAUGACACUGGAAGCGCGCAAACUGGAGACGCCAAAUCCAAAGAGACGAAUGCUCAGACGCACCCACGAAAAACAACAGACAAAUCAAAGGAGUUUAGCAUAGACAGUAUUCUGUCAAAAAAGGAGAACCAGUUCCAGCGAAGGUGCGGCGUUGCCGGAGGAGCGCCGGUCGCGUGUUUGGAGUCGCGCGGUUACGCACUCUCGUCCCCGCUGCUGUACCCUCGCGGAUUCCCGCUCAGCUCCUACCUGUCUCUCACCUGCCCUGACAAAAUGCUGAACUUCAGAGAGAAAACCGAUGAGAAAUUAUUCUUUUGACGACUCUUUUAUGGCUUGACGAAUCCCAGACUGUAGCAAAUAAAUGUAUGUCUAGAAAUUUUCAGUGAAUUCAGUAACAGUAACAUUCUUAUUUUCAGUGUUUUUUAAUGAUUAAUUGCAAACAAAAACAGUUUUUAACACGUAUAUCAAACAUUCAGGCUAAAACUUUUAUUAUUAUGUCUACUACUACUAUUAUUGUUGUCGUUAUGGAAUUCAACAUGGGUGGCCACUCUAAAGAACAGUAUACUGUACAGUAUACUAACAGUAGUUAAUUCUAAUGAUGUGUGUACUAUGAUCAAGAACGCACUCCUGAGCACAGAUGUCUUUGUAAAAUGAUAAUGUUUAUAUGAGCAAGGGUUUUAUAUGUUCCUCUCAGCACUUAUGACAGAUACUUGACAAACAGCAAUGUGCUGUUGUUCUUGUCCUCUCCUCUACAACUAUACACAAAAACUCAAACUUGAUUUACUGCUUAAAGAUACAUUUUUGGAAAGAAGAGAAAAUCAAUUGGGUUGUACC